UAUUGAAAAAAAUUAAUGUCAAAAUCAGCGUCCUGUCAAAGUGUCAAAUGAAACGAACGCCUUGUUAAACGGCAAAUUGUUUUUAUUUUAACCAUAAUUUUCUUGUAAAAACGAGAAUCGGCGUAAAAUAAAUAAAAGUUCUACAAUAAGCUGAUUAUUCAGUUCCGAGCGAUUUGACACCAUGAAAUUCAAAUUCUGUUCGGAUGGCGACUGUCCUCUAUGGGCCUUGGCGGCGUUGCACGCGCUGUCCAGCCUACCAGCCACCCUGUUCCGGACCCUGCUGCAACAUGUCAUGGAAGAACAACCUGAUGAUGGUAUCAUGGAAAUACUAAAAGACACGAACUUAUCAUCCCGCGACGAAUGCGCCCGUGCUGCUGCGGUCAUCCGCUGGGUUGUGCAGCAGUCCUGUGCUUGUGCAUGCACGGGUGCCCAGCUCACUCGAGACUUGCUCGUGCUGGGUGUACCUCGAAGUCAUGCCAGCGCGCUUGCUGAUGCUGUGGACAACUACAGGCCGGAGCAUGUAGCUAAUGUUGAAGCUAACGGUUUUAUGAUUAACAAGCUGACAGAUGUAACAGCGGCCCCAGGACCUGAAGGAACAGUGGAUACCUUCACCCUCACGCUGCACAGCCAUGAUGUAUUCACAGGAGAACAGCAGAAGAAAGAGCUUCUCAUCGAAAAAUCUCAAGCUAUGAGUCUUCUAGAAGAUCUCAAGAAAGCGUAUAAAAAGAUGGAAGAAAUAGAAGAGUAGGGAAGAAAAACAUUUUUCUAUUUAUAUGUCAUUUUUUUUUUUCAGGAUAUA